AUGCCGCCAAAAUCACUCAAAAUACUAAAGAAGCUUGAAAAACUGACAAAGAAAGAUGGGAAGGUAUUCGACAAGGAGAUGGCGAGCUAUAUGGAACGUAUCGCUGACUUUCAGCACUUCGUUGACCGAAUCGACGACUGGUACAACAAAAAUGAAAAGAGGUAUCUGAAGUUCAUGUCGCUCUAUGGGGAGGACAUAAUUUCCGAGACAGAAUUUAAACUGGCUUUUCGAAAUUUGCGAACUCCUUUCUCUGAGCUGGAGCAGCAUAUAAUUUGUAGAAUGAUAGAUCCCGCUGCCACAGGUCGAAUAGAAUACUCUAAAUUGUAUGAAGGCAUCUGGAAGGCCUUGGCCAAUAAAUAUGUGGCUGACGAUGAUCCAAACAUAAUGGAUUUGGAUCGGCCGGAUAAAUGGUUCCUCGCCACCUUCAAGAUUCCUACAUUCGAGCCCCUUGACAUGCAAACUACUUUCGAGGCCCUCGUCAGCCAGGAUUACACUGGGUAUAUGCUGAGGGAGCUCAUUCGUACCAAGGUUCCCCAGUUGCCGACAAAAGCCAUUGUCGUCUUCACAGAGGCCAGCAAAUAUGCUGAAACGGUGAUAAAAUGCAAUCAGAGACUGGCGGAAUUUAAUUUCACUGGUGGCCCCAAGUGUGCGCCAACGGAGAUUAACCUUUAUUUUGACUACACCAUGGGCCGAGUUGACUGUCCAAUGGUCAGCACAGUGGAGUACUUUGGCAGAACGGAGAUUCCGAAAACGCAAUCAAAACCUGAACACAAUUGA